AUGUCUUUUAUUAUGGAUUUACUCAAGCUUUUUAUAUGUCCUAUUUCUCAAUCAGAUGAACCAGAAACUGCAACAGAUAAUCCCCUUAGCCCUCAGCCUUCCUGUUACGACACCAACGCCACGGGGCCUGAUUACAGUGCCCAGGCUCCAUCUUACGAGCCACAGUCAUCCUCCUACAGCGCCCAACCUUUGUCUGACAAUACUGCACAACCCGACUCUUACAAUAUGUCGGCAGGUGGGGAAGAAGCUAUGCAAAACCACAACAUUACCAACCAAGCCUGGCAGACAGCAUAUAACAACGCACAGUAA